AUGCAUAUCAUCAACACCUUGUCAACACCACCACUACCACCAAAACCACCACCACAUUCGUCACCUAUAUAUAAAGACCUGAUCGCGGGCGUUUUUGCUGCCGCCGGCACACAUCUGCGGUCCAACUUGCGCGUGAAAGCUAGUCCGCCCAGCAGUCGUGGCUGCACGCCAGUCAUAAAGUACGAGCCGACGCAUACAAUCGACGAUGCGGAGAUGCACGAGAGCGAUUUGGCCGGUGUGCCCAACCUUGGUAUGGUCACGCAAGCGGGCACGGGUGGUGAUGGCUGCAGCGCCGCCGCCGCCGCCGUUGAAUGUACCGACGAUGAGCAACCAUGUGAUUUGCGAUUGACCGCAUUCCCGAUGAAUUUGGUUUCGAUGGCGAUACAACGCGCCGCAUUGCAGUCCAUAGCGGCCGCACCCCCAACCCACCUUUCGUCGCUGAUUAACUUCACACAUCCGCAUGCACAAUUGACGACGACACAAGCAGCGCCACAGCCGCGUGCCUUAUCACCAACACGCCGUUACAGCAUCAGCAUAAGUAGUGCUACGGCUGCGGGUGCGGGUGGCGGUGGUGCCAAUGCAACUGGUGUAGUGUCUUCAAAUCGUGUCGCAACACCACCGCUUACUGUUGGUAGUGGUAUAGGUGUUGGUGUUGUUGUUGAUGGCAACAUGAACAUUGCGCCACAAGGAAGCGGCGUUGUUGCAGCGACUAGCGCCACCUCAGGUGGACCAUCUACCUCGGCAGCCGCGGCGGCGGCAGCAGCAGCAGCAGCGGCCGGUAAUGCCGCACUCAUAACGGGGAGCAGCGGUGAUGAGAAUGCCCUCGGCGCCGGUGUGUUGAGCAAUAGCGGCGGUGCAAUGGCGGCCAUUACAAGCGGUUCCGCUGGCGCUGGUGGCGGCGGCGGCACAUUCGGUGGUGCCUACACAUGCGAACGGUGCGGCAACUCGUACGCACGACCGCACAGCCUCAAUCGGCAUAUGCGUUUCGAAUGCGGCGUCGAGCCGAAAUUCGAAUGCCCGAUUUGUCACAAGAAGUCCAAGCAUAAACAUAAUCUCGUACUGCACAUGCGCACGCAUCAACAUCGAUGA